GACUGGAACAGCCAGUCUCCCUGGAAUUUCCCUCGGAAAGGAACAUAAGGACAGCACUGCAGCAUCAGGUGCCCAGAGGUGGAGGGCAGCAAUGAGAAGGAGCUUUGUUAAGUACUCUGCCUGGUUCUGGCACUGUCGUUCUCCAGGGACAAUGGAGAGCUGCGUCAGGAUCACAGGUGUAAUGGAAACUACAGGACCGUCUCUCACCAGAUACUUUGUUCCCAUGCUCCUCCUUCAGAUGGCAGCACCAAGUUCAGAACAGUUUACAGUGACUGGCUUACGGGGGCCAAUCUUGGCUCCUUUGCGUGGAAUAGUUGAACUCAGCUGCCAGCUGUCCCCACCCCAAAAUGCAGAACACAUGGAGAUACGCUGGUUCCGGGAUCGCUAUACACAACCUGUUCACCUAUACAACAAUGGCAAAGACCUGCAUGCAGAAACUAUCUCCAGGUAUGUGGAGAGGACAGAGCUCCUGAAAGAAGCUAUCAGAGAGGGUAAAGUGACCCUCAGGAUCCUCAAUGUCAGUGUUGAUGACGAUGGGCAGUACCACUGCUUCUUCAAAGAUGGUGCUUUCGAUGAAGAAGCCAUCACAGAAGUGAAGGUCACAGCUACCAGCUUAGGAAUACAGAUUCUUGUGCAUCCUCCUAAUACCAAAGGCCUUUUGGUGGAGUGUAAUACAGGAGGUUGGUUCCCACAGCCUCAAAUGGAAUGGAGAGACAGCAGAGGAGAGAUCAUUCCGCCUACAUCCAUAUCCCAUUCACAGGACACAGAGAAAUUGUUCCACAUGAAGAUGACUCUUCUCCUUAAACAGAGCUCCCAUAGGAAUGUCACUUGCUGCCUUCGAAACCCCGUAACUGGUCAAGAGGAAAGGACAAGCAUUGUCCUAUCAGAUCAAUUGUUUCCAUGGAACAUUAUUUGGAGACUGAUUCUAGGUAUAAUUCUGGCUCUGCUGGUGAUAUUUAUCAUGGUGCCCAGUGUUGAUCUACAUAUCAGAUUACAAGAACUACAGCAGAAUGGAUCUUCUGUGUGUUCCAGAGUCUGUACCAAAGACUGUCUGCCUAAUGGAUGCACAGAUUGCCUCCGCAAAAUGAGAAACCCUAUAGUAGUGGGCAUCAUAAUAAUCCUGCUUUCAAUAGGUGUAAUCGCUUCACUCAUUUCUUAUUUGCAUCACAAAAGCAGAGUUCCUGCUUCAGAUCCACAUUUCCAAUUGGAUACUAUGUGGUUGGAAGAUAUCACGGUGAUCCUGUGUGUUCUGACUGUCUUCAUCACCAUGAUCAUUUCCUUUAUUUACUUUAGAUUCAGAGGUGUCCUAGAAAGAUAGAAAUUAAACAAGCAUCAACCAUCUCAUCUGGAACUCUGGAUAAAGGUAUACAGAGGAAGAGGAAGCCUUCGUGGCAACUUUACAAACUCAGAGACCUAAAAUAACCACAGAGGAUGAUCUGAAAUUAAAACUUUUAAACUAAAAGCAGUUUGUGGUGGGUAGUCAUAUCCUAGCUAGAAAUCUUCUCUGACAAAGAUCAAUUUUCACCUUAAUUAAGCCUGUCUAUUGUCUUUUUGCAUCUACGAUAACAUACCUUUGGAUAUGAAAAUAAUUUCCUUUUUCUGUACCCCUCAUGUUCAGGCACCACUCUGUAGAGACCACAAAUCCCCUCACUGUUAUUGAGUUAAUUGUUGACUGUUAACUAUCCUGUACCCACCGAUGUAAAAGAAGUAUGUAUCUUUCAUUUUACUGUCUAUCCAGUCCCAGAGGUUUCCCACUUUUCUUUCUCCUGCUUUUCAAAUCUAUCACCAGUGGAUUUUAUGUAACCCACUCACAUCUUCUCUUUUUAUCGUAAUGUAUUAAGAAAGGUGAAAAACUGCCAUUCUCUUGAGCAUUUUCUCAAUCCUUUGAGAUUUUGCUUCCUGGAAAUUGUUGAUAGCUCACAAAAAUUCUCUAAAGGCUUGAAUGUUUCUUACAUUGACAGUGGCCCUACAAUUUUAUAUAUAACCAAGUAAUUUCCAGGUGGAGGGCAGAUAAAAUAUAUUCAAAUUUGCAUUUCAUUUGUAGCUUUUGUACAAACUAUGAAUUAAUGCAGAAAAGAUGAAAAUGUAAUCAGAGGAUAACAAAUUAAGGGAAUAACUGGAAUAAAAUCAAUAAUCUACAUGGUAAAAUGGAAGUAACUCUGAAAUUAAAAAUAAAUCUACAUCAAUAAUUAAAUGCCAUGUCAAGCAGUAAACAAUUAAAAGAAAACUACUCUCAAAUUUAUGAUAUUUACAAGAGACUUAACUAAAGCAUAAUGGCAGAGAAAAGUGGAAAAUACAAGGAUACAAAGACCAAAACCAUACACUUCUACCAAAAAUAUAUGUGGAAAGAUAUAUUUAAUAUUGGGGGGAAUAUAAUUAAAAAGAAAUUAGCAGGGAUAAAAAGUCACUGACAAAAUGAAGAUAAGGACUAUAUACUGAAACUUUCUAAAUAUUAGUGUACAGUACAUAUACACUAAUAAUGUACUCUUAAAUUUAUAAAGAAAACACUUAAAGAAAUGCAAGUCCAAUUCUAUAAACAUUGAAAAAGAUUUUAAUAUGCUUCUGGCACCAGGAAUUGGCAGAUCAAACAAUAGUACCUGCUUCAUAGGUUCCUAAUGAUGAUUACCUAAUUUAAUAUUUGUGUAGCUCUUUUCUCAGGAUAUGGUGCUACAGAAAUUUUAUUUAUAAAAUAAAAUAAUAUGUGAAAA